AUGGCCCCGCCGCCGGCAAUGCAGAGCCCAGGAGAGCUAGACGGCGGCGCCUACGACGCGCCGCACGUCCUAUUCAUCCCGAGCGCCGGCAUAGGCCACCUGACCCCCGUGUUCCGCGUCAUCGCAGGCUUCUCGAGCCGGGGCAUCGACGUCUCCGUGGUGACCGUCCUGCCCACCGUGUCGGCCGCCGAGAUGGACUACUUCAACGGCCUCUUCGCGGACUACCCCGGCGUCCGCCGGGUCGACAUGCACCUCUUGCCGCUGGACGCCUCCGAAUUCACUAGCGAGGACCCGUUCUUCCUCCGGUGGGAGGCCCUGCGCCGCUCCGUCCACCUCCUCCGCCCCAUCAUCACCAACGCCGCGCCGCGCAUCACAGCCAUCAUCACCGACAUCACCCUGACCUCCUGUGUCAUCCCCAUCGCCAAGGAGCUGGACGUCCCGUGCCACGUCCUCUUCCCCACAGCCGCCACCAUGCUCUCGCUGAACGCCUACUACCCCGGCUAUCUCGAGCAGCUCAAGGGUGGGCCGGCGCCGGGCGUGGUCGGUGAUGUCGACAUCCCCGGUGUGUUCCGCGUCCCGCGGUCCGCCCUCCCGCCGGCGCUCCUCGACGUCAACAAGCUCUUCACGAAGCAGUUCAUCGACAACGGCCGCGAGAUGGUCAGAGCCGACGGCGUCCUCGUCAACACGUUCGACGCUGUGGAACCGGCGCCGCUCACCGCCCUGAGAGGCGGCAAGAUCGUUCCCGGGUACCCUCCGGUGUACACCAUCGGCCCACUCAAGUCGCACGCCACGAAAGCCGGCGACAAAGCAGGAGGAGCAGGUGACGCCUUGCUUGACGAAUGGCUAGGUCAGCAGCGAGCGCGAUCAGUGGUGUACGUGGCUUUCGGCAACCGCAGCGCCGCCAGGCUGGAUCAGAUCCGGGAGAUCGCCGCCGACCUGGAGGCCUGCGGCUACCCUUUCCUGUGGGUGCUCAAGACCACGAAGGUGGACCGGGAGGACGACGCCGAGCUUGCGGAGGUGCUCGGUGACGGGUACCUUGAGCGUGUGAAAGGGCGCGGCACCGUGACCAAGGGGUGGGUGGAGCAGGAGGCCCUCCUGAAGCACCCGGCCGUGGGCAUGUUUGUGAGCCACGGCGGGUGGAACUCGGCGCUUGAGGCGUCGUCCGCAGGUGUGCCGCUGCUGGUGUGGCCGCAGCUCGGCGACCACCGCGUGAACGCGAUGGCGGCGGUGAGCGCGGGCAUCGGGGCGUGGGCGGAGCACUGGAGCUGGGACGGGGAGGACACGCUGGUGACCGGGCAGGACAUCGCCGACAAGGUGAAGGAGGUUAUGGCCGACGAGAAGUUGAGGGCGAGCGUGGCGGUGGCCCGCAAGGAGGCUGCAAAGGCCGUCGCGGAGGGCGGCACGAGCUACCGUAACAUGCAUGACUUCAUUGCCAAGCUCAAGGGAGUAGCUUGA